AUGGACGUAGACGACAUUAAUUUCAAAAUACAACAGUUAAUACCUGGCGAUGACAUGUCUUUUAAAUCGAUAGACACAGUUGUGGAUGAUAAUGAAAGUGUGAACUAUCCAACGGAGUUUUUAUAUUCAAUAGAUGUACCUGAGAUGCCUCCACAUGAUCUACGGUUAAAGAUCGGUUCACCAAGUAUUCUGAUGCGUAAUUUGAAUCCGCCGAAGUUAUGUAACGGUACACGUUUGGUCAUAAAGAGGAUAACGGGCAAUAUAAUAGAAGCAACAAUUCUGACAGGAAAGUUUAAAGGAGAAGUGGUUCUUUUGCCACGGAUUCCUAUGAUACCCUCAGAUUUAACAAUACCAUUCAAAAGAUUACAAUUGUAUUGGAAAUUUUGGCAUUUGCAAGGACAAUCGACAAGGCUCAGGGACAAGCAAUGUCUGUUUGUGAACUCGAUUUAG